GGGGGGGGGGAUGGGAUACCCAGAUUCUGAUAUGGUGGCCAAGAGAAAUUUGGGUUUUGGGUGCUUUUCCAAGAGGAGAUUAGGUUUAUUGAAUUGGGUCGUCUUUGGAUUUUGGCUUGCGUUACUGCUUUUGCAGCCGGUGGCUAGUGUCAGACCCUUGCGAGAGAGAGCUCGUUCUUGGGGCGAUGAGUGGUUAUUCAGAGGAAAAAAAGAAAGUGACUUGGGUCCAUUUUCUGCAUGGAAUAUAAUUGGAACAUAUAGAGUCGAUCAGAGGACAAAACUAAUUUAAUUGAGGAAGUAUCUUGGUUUGAUUAUGGACAUAGAGG